UUUCGUACACUGGCUGGGAGGCAAAGGCUGGCUGCCAAGUUUACUUUUCUUUGAAUAAAUGCUCUCUUGGAUUAGCUGUGUGCGGGAGGACUAAAGAAACUGUUAGGGGAUUUAGCUGAAACCGUCUUGUAACUCUGUUUUUGGAAGAAAGCAGCAACAACAAAAAAAUGAAAGGCAGGAGAGGAAAAACAGCAAGCUAACCGCGCUGGAGAUCCCACCUGCCAAAUGCCGGCGGAGCAGAGAGCUUGUCCGUCUGUCUGGCUGGUGAGCCCGACGAUCACAUGCAUCCCCGUCCUGCCCCCUCCCUCCGCAGCCCUCCGUCCCGCUGCGCUCCUUGCAACUUUUGCAAAACUAGCCCAAAGCGGAGACAUUUUCCAUGGGCAGGCUCCUUUAGCCCUCUGCGUCUCCUGGAGGGGGGUUGCCAGCUGCCAAGGCUCUCUGUUUUCCCUGUUUCCAAAUAAAGUUCUGGGACUUGCAGAGGAGAUUUCUGCACAAGCAAACGAUAAUGAUUGCCCUUGGCAAGAAAGGCUCAUGUUCUUCUCAACUCUGCCUCGCGCUCUGCGCCUUUGGGCUGGUAAUGCUGGGGGAUGUGUCCCGGGCUGUACCCAUGGAUGACCAGGAUUACUACCUGCAGGAGAUUAGCAACAGGGAUCAUUAUUAUUCCUUUCCAUAUCCUGGUGAAGAGUUUUUUCCUUUCACGGAGCAACCUGGAGAGGAAGGACCUGUCCGUGCUGCAGAGACAGAGGAGCACCCAGGGUUCAAACCAAGCAGGAAAGAGUUAAAACCGAAGAAAAGCAACAAAAAAGGAAAAUCCAUUCUUGAAACUCCACCAGAUUGCCCUCCACUUGGUCUAGAGACAUUAAAAAUUACUGACUUCCAGCUCCAUGCCUCUACAGCAAAGCGGUAUGGCCUUGGGGCCCACAGAGGAAGGCUUAAUAUUCAGGCAGGUGUUAACGAAAAUGAUUUUUAUGAUGGUGCUUGGUGUGCAGGAAGAAAUGACCCAUAUCAGUGGAUUGAAGUCGAUGCUCGAAGGCUAACAAAAUUCACUGGGGUCAUCACACAAGGAAGAAACUCUCUCUGGUCGAGUAACUGGGUGACCUCUUACAGAGUAUUGGUGAGCAAUGACAGUCACGCAUGGACUGCUGUCAGAAAUGAAUCUGGAGAUGUGAUUUUUGAAGGAAACAGUGAGAAAGAGAUCCCAGUUCUCAAUAUGUUGCCAGUGCCUCUGGUUGCACGUUAUAUCCGUAUAAACCCUCGGUCCUGGUUUGAAGAAGGUAGCAUCUGUAUGAGACUGGAAAUCUUAGGGUGUCCUUUGCCAGACCCAAACAAUUAUUACCACAGAAGAAAUGAAAUGACAACCACAGAUAAUCUUGACUUUAAGCAUCACAACUACAAGGAAAUGAGGCAGUUAAUGAAAACUGUGAAUAAAAUGUGCCCGAAUAUCACAAGAAUUUACAAUAUUGGAAAAAGCAACCAAGGACUAAAGCUGUAUGCUGUGGAGAUUUCUGACAACCCAGGAGAACACGAAGUUGGGGAACCAGAAUUCCGGUACAUUGCAGGAGCUCAUGGGAACGAAGUCCUUGGGCGUGAGCUAAUCCUUUUGCUAAUGCAGUUCAUGUGUCAGGAAUACCUGGCUGGGAACCCACGCAUUGUACAUCUCAUUGAGGACACCAGAAUCCACCUCCUCCCCUCAAUCAACCCGGAUGGAUAUGACAAGGCAUAUAAAGCGGGUUCAGAAUUAGGUGGCUGGUCUUUAGGACGAUGGACUCAGGAUGGCAUUGACAUCAACAAUAAUUUCCCUGAUUUAAACUCUUUGCUGUGGGAGUCUGAAGAUCAGAAGAAGAGUAAAAGAAAAGUUCCAAACCAUCACAUCCCAAUCCCUGACUGGUACCUGUCUGAAAAUGCCACCGUGGCAGUGGAGACACGGGCAAUAAUAGCAUGGAUGGAAAAAAUUCCUUUUGUGCUGGGUGGCAAUUUGCAGGGAGGAGAGCUGGUGGUGGCGUACCCCUACGAUAUGGUGAGAUCCGUGUGGAAAACCCAGGAUUACACACCUACCCCAGACGACCAUGUCUUUCGCUGGCUUGCGUAUUCUUAUGCCUCCACUCAUCGCCUGAUGACAGAUGCAAGAAGGAGAGCGUGUCACACAGAGGAUUUCCAAAAGGAGGAUGGCACUGUUAACGGAGCCUCCUGGCAUACUGUGGCUGGAAGCAUAAAUGACUUCAGUUAUCUGCACACAAACUGCUUUGAGCUUUCCAUCUACGUUGGCUGUGACAAGUAUCCCCACGAGAGCGAGCUACCCGAAGAAUGGGAGAACAACCGCGAGUCCCUGAUUGUCUUUAUGGAACAGGUCCAUCGAGGCAUCAAAGGCAUAGUAAAAGAUGUGCAUGGAAAGGGAAUCCCCAAUGCAGUUAUUUCAGUAGAAGGUGUUAACCAUGACAUUCGCACAGGAGCCGAUGGGGAUUACUGGCGUCUCCUCAACCCGGGGGAGUACGUGGUGGGUGUGAAGGCGGAGGGCUACACCGCCGCUACCAAGACCUGUGAAGUCGGCUACGACAUGGGAGCUACCCAGUGUGACUUCACUAUCUCCAAAACCAACCUGGCGAGAAUCAAGGAGAUCAUGAAGAAGUUUGGGAAGCAGCCGAUCAGCCUGUCCGUCCGGCGGCUCAGGCAGAGGGCUCGGCAGUGGCGGCAGCAGCGAUAGACCUCAGCCCGGCAGCCCGCGGCAUCCAUGAGCUCUGCUUCUAUCAGCCUGGCUGUAGUCGUAGUGAGAGUUACAUAGCCCGUCUCUUCAUACAUAUUUCUCUGCACGAGGCCUUUCUGUUAGUGGAGCUGGAUGAGUAGUGGGGUUUCUCAGUUUGGCGAAAAAUCAGAAACAAAAGUCAAGUUGAACCAAAAUAAGCCCCAUUUUGGGGGGAGAGGCAGGAAGAAUGUAGAAAGAUGUCUUGAGUUAAUCUGGAGUGAAAUUUUUUUGCUUGUUGGGUUAUUUAAUCCUUUGUAAAUCUGUUUUCUUUAAAAAUAGAAAAAAGAAAAAAGAGAGAUA